AUGGGAGUGGUGAGCAGCAAAAAGCAGGUCAAGGAGAAGAGUAAGGGCCAGUGGAGCCCUGUGAAGGUCAGCGCCCACAGCAGAGAGCCCCCACCACUGCCACCCCUGGUCCUGUUUAACCACCUGGCUCCUGCACCUCACGACACACACCCGGAUCAAGAAGAGCAUUUCGUGGUGGCGCUGUAUGACUACGUGGCAGUGAAUGACCGUGACCUGCAGAUGCUGAAAGGGGAGAAGCUGCAGAUCCUAAAAGAGUCUGGAGACUGGUGGUUGGCCAAGUCUCUCAUCACGGGAAGAGAAGGCUACGUGCCCAGCAACUUUGUGGCCCGAGUAGAGACCCUGGAAGUGGAAAAGUGGUUCUUUAAAUCAAUUAGCCGGAAAGAUGCCGAGAGGCAGCUUCUGGCUCCAAUCAACAAGGUGGGCUCCUUUCUCAUCAGAGAGAGCGAAACCAACAAAGGUGCCUUUUCCCUGUCUGUGAAGGACGUGACCACCCAGGGGGAGGUGAUCAAACACUAUAAGAUCCGCUCCCUGGAUGAAGGGGGCUAUUACGUCUCCCCCCGAAUCACCUUCCCCACACUCCAGGCCUUGGUGCAGCACUACUCUAUUUCUUCAUCUAUCAAUGGGAGUGCGGAGAAUGAAGCCCGAAUUGCCGAAGGAAUGGCGUAUAUUGAGAAAAUGAACUCAAUCCACCGUGACCUCAGGGCGGCCAACAUCCUGGUGUCUGAGACGUUGGGCUGCAAAAUCGGUGACUUUGGCUUGGCCCGGAUCAUCGACAAUGAAUACACCGCCCAAGAGGGGGCCAAGUUCCCCAUCAAGUGGACUGCCCCGGAGGCCAUCCAUUUUGGGGUGUUCACCAUCAAGGCGGACGUGUGGUCAUUUGGCAUCCUCCUGAUGGAAAUCGUCACGCACGGGCGGGUACCCUACCCAGGAAUGAGCAACCCCGAGGUCAUCCGCAGCCUGGAGCGCGGCUACCGCAUGCCGCGCCCCGACUCCUGCCCGCCCGAGCUGUACCGCGGCGUCAUCGCCGAGUGCUGGCGAAGCCGGCCCGAGGAGCGGCCCACCUUCGAGUUCCUGCAGUCGGUGCUGGAGGACUUCCACACGGCCACGGAGCGGCAGUACGAGCUGCAGCCCUAG